AUGCCCAAGCGCGCCUUGGGCAAGCAGGGCCUGGAGGUCUCCGCCCUGGGCCUGGGCUGCAUGGGGCUGUCGGCCUUCUACGGCGCCCCCACAGAGGAGGGCGCGGCGCUGGCCGUCAUCCACCGCGCGCUGGAGCUGGGGGUGACGCUGCUGGAUACAAGUGAUAUCUACGGCCCCUUCACAAACGAGGAGCUGGUGGGCCGCGCAAUCAAGGGGCGGCGAGAGCAGUACACGAUCGCCACAAAGUGUGGCAUCGUAUUCGGGCCCGGCGGCCCUUCCUUCGACGGCAGCCGCGCCCACGUGCGCGCCGCGUGCGAGGCGUCCCUAAAGCGCCUGGGCAUCGACACCAUCGACCUUUACUACCUGCACAGGGUGGACCCCAACACCCCGGUUGCUGAGACGUUUGCAGAGAUGAAGGCCCUGCAGGCGGAGGGCAAGGUGCGCCACGUGGGCAUCAGCGAGGCGUCACCCGAUGACAUAUGCGCGGCCCACGCGGUGACGCCCCUCAGCGCGGUGCAGCUGGAGUGGUCCCUCUGGACCCGCGACGUGGAGGUGCGCUGCUCUGAACGUUCAUGA